ACAGCCAAACGGCUAAAACCACAGGUUUCUUCUCACCCUCAACACUAUUUACGUACUUUAAAAACAAUUAUAUAUAUAUACAAGAAUGGUUCGCAACUUUGUCAAACAACAAUACACGUAAUUCGAUAAUAUAAAUCGCAUAAAUAUAUAUACAUGUAUGCAACCAAACAAACGUAUUCAUGCAUGGUACAAGUAUACAAGGUUGCAGCGAUAAUCGAGAAUCACCAAGUAGCAAUCCAUGAAAUGAUAAAAUUCAUAACAUUGACAGCUGUCACAUUGGCACACUUGAUCAAAUUGAAUUCGAAUCUCUAUUCUCGCACCUUGCAUAAUUGUACCAUGAACCCAAUCCGAACCGUCCUUAAUAAUAAUAAUAAUAAUGUCAUCGAUGUAUGUCACUCUCUGUUUGUUCGAUCUUUGCACCAAACAACGAACGAACGAAUAUAGAUCGAUAUUAUCGUUUGUUCUUCGCGCGAUAACCGCGAUUCGCACUGAACCGUUCGCUCUAGUUCCUUCAGUAUAAAAACCUCUUGCAUCCAUUCGUGCACUUGCAUAACUCUUUUUGUUGUUGUUAAGCAUGAAGUACUUCUUUGCGUUCGUCAUUCUCGCCCUGUGCGCGAUCGCCACCAUCGCCCAGCUAAAUUCGAAGAAAAUGUACAUGAGCGAGCCGUCGCCCGAAAGUGAGGAGUUAUUGACUUCUGAGGAGAGAUCGUAUUCGCGAUUCGAUCAAGAUUCUAUCCCAAUGACACGAUAAUCAGAGGGUAAAACGUAACUUUUCACUUCUCUCUCUUUUUCCACUUUGUAAUUAAGAUACGCUGCAAAAACAAAUACAAUACAUUUUAUAAUUCAUGUGAUUGCACAGACACAUUUUUAUUAUUUACCGGUUACACAAAUCCAUCCUGCACUCACCGUUUUCAUGUAUCCUAUUCGCACACGAAAUUACAAUUGAAUACAACAACAAAUUAGACUUAUUCUUAUAACUUUAAUCUGAAAUUUGAUCAACUUUCUUACGAUUUUCUCUUAUUCUAAACGCAAUUAGUGAUUGUGUGCAUCUAUUUCUUGCAAAUGUAAGUGUACCAACCAUUUCCUAAUGAUUGCUCAACGUUAACGUAAAAUGAAGAAGGAGAAAAAAACGAUUAAGCGCAUCGCCGUUAUAUUUUUGGAUUCAGAUUAGAGCGAAGAACAAAGGAAAUUAUCGAAAUUUGAAAAUGCAUUAGUGAUCGUUUUAGACUAAUCACCGGUGGAGCGCGUAUAAAAGACUCGGCGAUCGAAGAAUUGUGUAUCAAACAGUCGUCAGAAGUCCAUCCAAAUACCAACAACAACAACAAUAAUAACCAUGAAGUGCUUCGCUCUGAUCUUCAUCGCCGUCUUCGUCCUGGGUCAAACCCACGGUGGCGUCAUCGACAGUAGGCGCGUGUCAGUCGCGACUGGUGAUGAGCAAUUGAAAACGACUGCAGCCGAAACCGUCAGCAACUUGGCAGGCGUUGACCGUGACGAACGGCAACUGUUCGGUCUGCCCGUCCUCAGCCAAUCGGGUGCUAGCUCGCAAAGCCUAGGCGCCAGUUUGGGCGGUCUCCUGAAUCUGGGACUGAGCCAAUCGCAAGCGUCCUCCGCGGCACUGGCCGGCGCCGGAACCGGAGCGAGCAGCAACUCCAAGGCCACCUCGAUCGGCGCCGGAAUCGCCGGCUUCAACCUGCUGAACCUCGGCGUCAGCUCCAGCUCCAGCAAUGCCCAGAGCUUCUCCUAUUAGUACAAUAACUGAAUACAACACAGCGAUUUGCAAUUACGACAACACGAAUAUACUUU